AUGUGUGUUCAUUAUUUCGAUAUAUAAGCAAAUGUUGGGAAACCUCGAACCUUAGGAUAUCCAUUACCAGUUCUUCACUCAACACACGCUGAUCGAUAAUGUCUCAGCUCAGUAACUCCUUUUGCAUCCUGUUCCUAACGAUCCAAUUGUCGGAUUUCGUCCUGCCAGCUCCUACUGCAGUUAUUCCUUCUGAUUCAUCCGAUGGCCUGGUGACUUUUAGGAUGAGUAUUGACAGAGAAUUUGAUCAAUUGCUGCCCGAACUUGAGCUGAAGUUGUUGCAGGCACAGCAGCAGGAAGAUAAUUUGGAAGUGGUGCGCAUGCAAUUGCUGCAGAUGAACUUACUCAAGUUGUUAAUCGGCUUGGAUUGCUUCAUCUUGUUGUGCCUUUGGUACUACGCCCGAGAAGAAAAGUAUCAUCCAGUGCAAAAAGUUUGACCACAUUUUCUGCCUGCCUUCAUCUCAUAGCUAAUAUAGUUUUUAAAAUGUAAUUAAUUCGCGGGAAAACGAAAACAACUUUAAAUUCGCAGCAAAAAAUAUCAUUCUGUUAAUUAAUUUUCAAAAUGUUAUUGCUGCGAAUAUUUAGAUUAGCUUUUAAAUAGUAGUAAGGCCACCACCCAUGAAGCCCUCUAAUGGUGUGUUUUAAAUAAACUGUUAUUGAAUAAUUACGAGCCAA